AUGUUUUUGAACUCAUCCGAAAGUUUUCUUGUGAAAUUUAGUGAAUAUUAUGCACAAAUUCAUGGUAGAAUUGUAUUUCCAUUAACAAUAUUCGGUAUAUUAGCAAGUAUGGUAACAAUCGUUGUACUUCAUAAAAAAGCUUUUCGAACACCAACAAAUUUUAUUCUUCAACAUGUAGCAUUUUUUGAUACAGUUGUAUUGAUAUCAUACAAUAUUUAUUCUUUAUAUUUUUACAUACUUCAUCAACCAAAUCCAUUUGUUGGUCAAUCUCAGUUUUGGCCACGAUUUGCUAUAUUUCAUUCCAAUAUCGGUUUAACUGCACAUUCCAUUGCAUUAUGGUUAACCUGUCUUUUAGCUAUUAUUCGAUACACAAUAAUAUCAAAACCUAAACAAGCUGUAGUGAAUUCAACCCAUGUGAUUAUUCUUGUUUGGAUUGUUACUCUUUUAGUAUGUUUGUUUAUGAUACCAAAUUAUUUGAUAUGGAGCGUUGUUCGUCAACCAGCAUAUAAAUAUUUUCCCCAUUUAUACAGUAAAAAUUCUACUGAAAUCGUAUAUUGGGUUAGUACAGCAACAGGUGAACGAUUAGAACAAUUUUCUUUUGUCAUAUUGGCAAUUUGUUUUAAAAUUCUACCUGUCUUCAUCUUGAUUGUAUUCAGUAUAUUAUUAAUAUUAAAUAUUCAUCAUGCACGCCGAUCACGUGAACGUCUUCGUCGACCAUAUUUAUUUGUAUCGCCAUUAUCAUCAUCAUCAACAACAUCAAGCUCUAAACGUGAAUUACGGACUACACGAAUGCUUGUGUUUAUUACCUUGUUUACUGCAUUUGUUGAAUUUCCUCAAGGUCUUUUUUUUAUUGCUAGUUGCGUUAAUAAAGACUUCUUUUUCUUAUAUUCGCAUUUGGGUGAUGUAUGGGAUAUUACAUCAAUCGGUUCAUCAUUUAUCACAUUCAUUAUGUAUUGUUUAAUGUCUCAACAAUUUCGUGUGGAAAUCUGUACACUUAUUUUACCAAAGUGUUUCACAAAAGGUUUUAAUUUAAAAACAAAUAAUGUUAAUUUAACUAAUGGAAUCGGUUUAAAACGACGAAGAAGAACACCACAUACAAAUGAAACAACAUCAAAAACAAUACAGAUUCCAGACGAUCUCUAA